AUGAUUAAUAUUUUCAGAUCAAAAUGGAUUUAGAUGAACUGGAUUCAGAGAGUUCCCAUAGUUUCACUAAUAUUCAGAGCCGAGACGUUGUUGGGGUUGAUAAACUAACAUUGAAGCAAUUAACAGUUGAUAUUCUCAAGCUGAGGCAGGGGAUGGAGGGAAACCUACGUUCAAUGAAACAAAUCAAUAUUCAGAUUAAACAGAAUCAACCAAAAGAGAAUGGAGAAGGAAAGGAAGAAACUAAUGUAGAGGAGAAGAGAAAAGGAAGCAUAGAGGAGGAGGAGGAUGAGAAGGAGAUGAAAGCAAAGGAAGAAAAGAAAGUAGUGGAUGUAAAUAAAGGAUUUGAUGAAGUUAUGAGUAUAGCGGAGAAACAUAUAGAAACGGUGAAUGCAAUGUAUAGUCUCGGGGUCUCAUGGCUUAAAGAUGAAAAUGAUCUCAGUGGUGGCAAAGAUCCUGAAAACCCCCUAGACCAUAGAUUAAUGGAUGAAGAAGAGGAGAAUAAGGAGAUGGAGAGGAUGGAUAUGAGAACCUGGAGAUGUGAUGAUAUAAAGAUAGAGAUGGACGAACUGGAGAAUACAGUGAUCGUAGACCAAACCAAUGUCAAGCUCAAGUUGGAGGAUUGUAAAAUGGAAUUAACAGAAUAUGCUCCGCUGCCUGGUAAAGUUGAGUGUACAACUGUCCUGGAGUAUCCAUGUUUACAUUGUGAAUUUAAAACCUCGAGUUCCCGGGAUCUAAAAAUACACUUUCUCAAUGUUCACACUGAACUCACACACCGAUGCAAGCAGUGCAAAUUCGUCGGGUUGACAAAGGAGCUUCUCACCAAACAUAAACGAACCGCUCACAACGAAGGAGGUGAGCUGCUGGACUUUAAACCAAAAAUUAAGACAUUUAACGUGAAAGCUGCGGGUCGGGCUCUCCUGAAAGCCAUGGAAAAGGAGGACGCGGAAAAGGAAUUUAUAUGCAGACAUUGUCAAAAAGUUUUCGGGAAACGGAAAUAUUUGACAAGUCAUCUGAAGAAUGUUCAUGAAGGGAUGAGAUAUUACUGUGAUGAAUGUCAAUAUUCCUCUUCGUAUCAACAGCAGCUUAAACUUCAUAAAGACUCGGUGCACAGGGGUAUAAUACAUGCUUGUGAUAGAUGUGAAUUUGUCACAGCACUCGUCAGAAAUCUGACAAAGCACAAAAUCUUGACCCACGGGGAUACAGGGAUAGUGGAAGGAGGCCCCCUCUAUCCAUGCGAGGAGUGUGAAUAUGUUGCUGGUCUCCGGUCGAAUCUGAGAAUACACGUGGAAGACCGGCACAAAAAGCUUAAUGUAUUCAUGUGCGAUCAAUGCGAUCAUAGAGUUUCAACCAAAGCAAACCUAGAGGCUCAUAUAGAAAGUAAGCAUAAGAAAAGGAUGAACUAUCCCUGUGAUUUGUGCGACUACAUGACGCAUAGUCUAGCAUGUUUGAAGAAACAUAGACUACGACAUGACGGUCAACAUUUGUGUGAUCAAUGUCCUUAUAUUGGGAAACUAAAGGCGGACUUAAACAAACAUAAGAAGGUUAAACAUGAAGGAUUUGGAUAUCCUUGUGAUCAGUGCAACUACUCUGGACCCGAUAGAUCGAAACUGAGACUGCACAAGGAAGCUGUCCACAUGGGGGUUAAAUAUACUUGUGAAAUUUGUGAUUUUGCCGCCUCAACCAAGGAUAAUUUACGUCAACACAAGGCUUGCAAACACGAUGAUACUAAAUAUCCUUGUGAUCUGUGUGAUCACGAGGCGGCAACACCUGCAAGGUUGAGAAAACACAUGAAGAUUAAACACACUGAUAACUCAAUAUCUCCUGUUAACCUUGCUAAUUAUUCAGAUGAUCGUUACAAGAGCGAAGAAGAAAGAUUUUAAACUGAACGUUUUUUUCUAAUUAUUUUCAAAUGAUCAACUUUAAAUAGUUUGUAUGAUUUUUAUUGUUACCUUAAAUUUGCGGGGUGUACAUUGUACAGUGUACAGUGUACAUCCCACUCCCCAGUGUGAUUUCUAUUUACUGAAGUCUGAGGGAUUGCUUUUCUUAUUUAUAGUUAACCAUAUUUAUCUUGAAGAUUUAAUAACUCGUUAAGUGACGGUCGUAUGUGAUGUCAUAUGAAAUGUCAACAAACUAGUUUUGAAGGAUUUGAAAAAACUAUCGUACACUUAAAUCUGUGCAUUUCUUCCUGUAUU